AUCGGCUUGUUGCAACACCGCCGCAAACCGCCCGAGCGCCCGAGCGCCGUGCCACAGCUAGACAAACAGAACGUAGCCGCCGUCUGCGUAUCCACAUUGCCUCGAAAGAUACAAAGCAUACCGUCACGGUGUCAGUGGAGCAGCGUUAGAAGUCCACUUGCCUCCUCGAUGGCCGUGCGUUUCUGUUAACGCGAGUGCGCUGUGAUUUUUUCUUUUUGUAUUUGCCUUUACGACGAACCAGUUUUUUGCGAAGUGUCCUGUUUUUGUGUUCGAUUGAAAAAGUAGUUGGCUUCGUCGUCGUCGUCGACGUUAUUUUCACCUUAAGGAAGCUGCUUUUCGUGGCAAGCGAUGAGCCCGAAACUACAUGAAUUCACCGUAGUUCUGCAACGAGAUGGUCCCAAUACACCCUGGGGCAUUCGUCUGGUCGGCGGCAACGAUCUGGAUACUCCGCUCAUCAUAACCAGGGUUCAAGUAGGAAGCCCUGCUUAUGGGGAAGUGCUACGUGGCGAUAUAAUAGCCAAGGUACGUGAUUAUGAUGCCCGCGAUUUGAACCACGCCGACGCUGAGACGCUUUUCCGCAACGCCGGCAAUGAAAUCAAAAUCGUCGUGCAUCGUGACAGUAAAAUCGCAUACACACAAGGACUUGGCGCCGAACCGUACGGAACUGGUCUCGGCUCAUCACCAGUUAAUAGCAACAGCCCAGACUUAUCCAAUGCCAAUGUGCCACACAGAGGACCUUCACCAUUUUUGCCAGGACCCGGUCAUUAUGAACGUGCUCUACAAUUACCUGUUGAUUCGUUGCCGCAAACAGUAUUUCCAAAACUGAACGCAUCUGGCGGCUAUGUGGCACCGCGCGAGAGCGGAUGCUUCAGUCCCAUGCCGACGCGCGAUCACCAACAGGAUGUAGCCGAGGAACAAGCGGCCAUUGUGAAUCAACCAUACCGAACAACUCCACUGGUUCUGCCUGGUGCUAAAGUCAAGAAGGAUGCUCCAACCACAGAAUCAUACUUGAGGUAUCACCCGAAUCCGGCUGUGCGCGCUCAUCCCGGCCACGACUUCCAUGACAACGUGAUGAAGCAACGCGUCGCCGACACCAUGUUGCACAAAGUAGUUGGCCAGGAUGCCGAUACUGGCAGGGUAUUCCACAAACAAUUCAACUCUCCCAUUGGCCUGUAUUCAGACAGCAACAUCGAGAACACCAUCAGACAAACAGUUCCGUAA